AUGAGUGCGAUCGCAGGUCUCGUGAUCAAGUCAAAAGACAUCGAAGCCACGUCAUUCAACAAGUGUGAAGUGGAUUUCUUCGCGUGCGGAAUGAGAGACUUCGAGGCUGGCUCCGUCUACCCGGAUGAUGACCCUACUGACGACCCUGAUCUUCACCCGACCGGCUCCGUGGCACAUGGCAGUGCGGCCUGA